CAUCAUAUCACCAGUUGAGGCAGUAAAUCUGGCGCAGCUGUGAUCACUUCCACUUUGUUCGCGAUGGACAACUCGCAUCCCCAUGAGGCCGGCAUUGUCCGCACAGCCUCAGGGCGCGAAACAUAUGCGCCUGAUGGCCAUACUUCCAACAUUGCCGCAAACCACGAAUAUGCGGCUGUCACAGGGGAGAGGCACGCGUCUCCGGCGACGUCGAGAACCUCUAGCGAAUCUUCUCUCUCUGACCGAUUCGAGGCCGUGAGAUCAGGGGAUCACGAAGAUGGUCCUUCCGACUCAGAGCUGAUCACAACUACGUUGACAAGGCGGAAAACCCAGGGUACUAUCAACCAUGAAGAAAGGAGCGAACUACGCGAGCUCUACACCACCCUGUCGCGGAAGCAGUCGACCAUAGCCAACCCCGGCGAUCCUUCGGUCGACCCAGGAAGCGAUUCAUUCCAGCUGCACAAGUUCCUGAAGAUGUUCAGAAAUCAGAUUGAGGGUGCCGGACACUCCAUGAUGCAGGUAGGGAUUGCCUACAAGAACCUGAACAUAUACGGCAAAGGCGAAGCUCUACAACUGCAGAAAACCGUCGGCAACAGCUUCAUGGUCCAGGACAUGUUCAAGAGCAAGAAGCAGCACAAACACAUCUUGCGGAAUUUCGACGGCAUUGUCAAGAGCGGUGAGAUGCUCAUUGUGCUCGGCCGUCCUGGCUCAGGAUGCAGCACGCUUCUCAAAACCAUGUGCGGAGAGUUGCACGGGCUUGAGAUGGACGAGAAAUCUAUCGUUCACUACAACGGCAUACCGCAGAAGGAGAUGAUGAAGGAGUUCAAAGGAGAGGUCGUUUACAACCAGGAAGUGGAUAAGCAUUUUCCUCACCUCACGGUCGGCCAGACGCUCGAGUUCGCGGCGGCUACACGGACACCGUCUUCGCGGCCAAUGGAAAUGUCUCGCAAGGACUUCGUCCAGUACAUCACACGCGUGGUCAUGGCUGUCGUUGGGCUUAGCCACACGUAUAACACCAAAGUAGGAAACGACUUCAUCCGCGGUGUUUCCGGAGGUGAACGCAAACGCGUGAGCAUCGCAGAGAUGAUGUUGGCAGGUUCUCCGUUUGCUGCUUGGGACAACAGCACAAGAGGUCUCGAUUCUGCCACCGCUUUCAAGUUUGUCAACACACUGCGACUUGCCUCGGACUUCGGCGACAAUGCCGCUGCCGUAGCGAUCUACCAAGCGAGCCAAAGCAUCUAUGACAUCUUUGAUAAAGCAACCGUACUAUAUGAGGGUCGUCAGAUCUACUUCGGUCCUGCCGAUGCUGCUAAAGAGUUCUUCGAGCGACAAGGCUGGUACUGCCCGCCGCGACAAACGACUGGAGAUUUCCUCACCUCCGUAACCAACCCGCAGGAGCGCAAGGCACGAGAGGGCUGGGAGAACAAGGUGCCCCGCACGCCCGACGACUUUGAACGGAUCUGGCGCGAGUCGCCCGAAUACAAGGGGCUCAUGGCUGAGCUCAACCAACAUGAGAACGAGUAUCCGAUUGACCACCAAGGUCAGAGCGCAACGCGGCUACGCGAGCAGAAGAACUUCCAGCAAGCGAAGCGCGUCCGCCCCAAGUCAUCUAUUCUCAUCAGCGUUCCCAUGCAAGUCAAGCUCUGCACCGUUCGCGCUUACCAGCGUAUUUGGGGUGACAUCUCAGCCACGGCCACCCAGGCUGGCCUGAACGUCGUCAUGGCUCUCAUCGUCGGUUCAAUCUUCUUCGGUUCUGAUUCCUCAACACAAUACUUCUUUUCCAGGGGAUCAGUCUUGUUCCUUGCUAUCCUCUUCAACGCUCUUACUGCUAUUGCGGAAAUCAACAGUCUCUAUGCGCAAAGACCCGUUGUCGAGAAGCACGCCAGCUAUGCAUUCUACCAUCCUGCUGCUGAGGCAAUGGCUGGCAUAGUAUCUGAUGUACCGGUCAAAUUCGUCCAAGCCGUCUUCUUCAACAUCAUCCUCUACUUCAUGGCUGGACUGCGCCGGGAACCCGCACAAUUCUUCCUCUACUUCCUGAUAACGUACAUCUCAACUUUCGUCAUGUCCGCUGUCUUCCGAACUUUGGCAGCCUGUACCAAAACUGUCUCGCAAGCUAUGGCGCUUGCGGGUGUCUUGGUCCUUGCACUUGUGGUCUAUACUGGCUUCGUCAUCACUGUCCCUUCCAUGCACCCUUGGUUCAGCUGGAUAAGAUGGAUCAAUCCAAUCUUCUAUGCUUUCGAGAUCCUAAUUGCCAACGAAUUCCACGGCCAACAGUUUCAAUGCUCACAGUAUAUUCCAGCGUACUUUCCUCUACAGGGCAACUCAUGGGUGUGCAACGCUGUCGGAGCUGUCGCAGGCCAAACCACAGUCAGCGGCGACGCUUUUAUCGCUACUAAUUACGAGUACUACUACUCCCAUGUGUGGCGCAACUUUGGUAUCCUCCUCGGUUUCUUGUUCUUCUUCAUGUUCAUCUACUUCGCAGCGGUCGAGCUGAACUCCUCCACGUCGAGCAGCGCGGAAGUUCUCGUUUUCCAACGCGGCCAUGUUCCUGCAUACAUGCAAGACGGUGGCAAGAACCCGCAAUCCGAUCCAGAGAAGGGCACCUCCGCCAACCCGAACGCGACUGACGGUGAAGGAGACGUAGGCGCCGUUGAGCCCCAGAAAGAUAUCUUCACCUGGCGCGAUGUGACCUACGAUAUCCACAUCAAAAGUGAGGAGCGCAGGUUGCUCGAUCAUGUCUCUGGAUAUGUCAAACCAGGCACGCUCACUGCAUUAAUGGGUGUAAGCGGUGCUGGAAAAACAACUCUGCUCGAUGUGCUUGCGCAACGAACUACCAUGGGAGUGGUCACCGGAGACAUGUUUGUCAAUGGAAAGGCAUUAGAUGCCAGCUUCCAGCGCUCAACCGGUUACGUCCAACAACAAGAUCUUCACCUUGAAACCGCCACGGUUCGCGAGAGUCUACGGUUCAGCGCUAUGCUCCGUCAGCCGAAGACUGUGAGCAAGCAGGAAAAAUACGACUAUGUGGAAGAGGUCAUCAAGAUGCUCAACAUGGAAGACUUCGCCAACGCGGUUGUCGGUGUACCCGGCCAAGGUCUGAACGUUGAGCAGCGCAAGCUCCUGACUAUAGGAGUGGAGCUCGCGGCUAAGCCUAAACUUCUUCUCUUCCUUGACGAGCCCACCAGUGGUCUUGACAGUCAGAGUUCAUGGGCAAUCUGCGCUUUCCUCCGAAAGCUUGCCGAUGCCGGUCAAGCCGUCCUUUGUACCAUUCAUCAACCUUCCGCUAUCCUGUUCCAAGAAUUCGAUCGCUUGCUGUUCUUGGCCCGCGGCGGUAGAACCGUCUACUUUGGCGAGAUUGGCAAGAAUUCCCGCACGCUCCUCGACUACUACGAAAGCAACGGUGCCCGCAGGUGCGGAGACGACGAGAAUCCAGCGGAGUACAUGCUUGAGAUUGUCAAUGCCGGGAAGAACGACCAAGGCGAAGACUGGCACGACGUCUGGAAGAAGAGCGAGCUUCGACAGAUCGUUGAAAAAGACAUCGACCGCAUCCAUGAGGACAAGAAAAACGAAGAAGUUGCCGGGUCCGACGACCCUACUGCCACCUCUGAGUUUGCCAUGCCCUUCGGACAACAAGUGACGGAGGUCACUUACCGUGUCUUCCAACAGUACUGGCGUAUGCCUAGCUACGUGUUUGCCAAAUUUGGUCUCGGUAUUGCCGCCGGUUUGUUCAUCGGAUUCAGUUUCUACAAUGCCGAUUCCUCUCAGGCUGGCAUGCAGAUUGUCCUGUUCGCCGCGUUCAUGUUGACGACUAUCUUCACAACUCUUGUGCAACAGAUUCAACCACUUUUUAUCACCCAAAGAGAGUUGUACGAAGUUCGCGAGCGUCCCAGCAAAUCCUAUUCUUGGAAAGCGUUCAUGAUUGCGAACAUUGUUGUCGAAAUUCCCUACCAAAUCAUGACCGGUAUCUUGAUUUGGGCGUGUUUCUACUACCCGGUGGUAGGUGCCAACCAGAGUGGCCAGCGACAGGGCCUAGUGUUGUUGUUCAGCAUGCAGCUCCUCAUCUACGCCAGCUCCUUCGCCCAGAUGACCAUUGCCGCACUUCCGGACGCACAAACCGCCUCCGGUAUUGUCACGCUUCUCACAUUCAUGAGUAUCUUGUUCAACGGUGUUCUCCAAGCUCCGUCUGCGCUCCCACGCUUCUGGAUCUUUAUGUACCGCGUCUCGCCGUUCACGUACUGGGUCGGUGGCAUUGUGUCGACUCUACUACACGGCCGCGAGGUGAUCUGCACCGAGAACGAGACCUCGCGCUUCAACCCGCCGUCCGGUCAGACCUGCCAAGCAUAUAUGGCUGAAUACCUACAGACAGCCCCUGGUCAGCUUCAAAACCCGGACGCCACCACCGAUUGCAUGUAUUGCCCUCUGAGCAACGCAGACCAGUUCUUAGCAGGCUCGAAUAUCUACUACGGCGAAAGAUGGCGUAAUUUUGGUAUUAUCUGGGCUUUCGUGAUCUUCAACGUUUUCAUUGCUGUCCUGACCUACUGGGCGUUCCGCGUGGCCAAGUGGGGCAAGGGAAGCAAGAAGGGAACGAAGAGCAAGCCCCAGGAGACUGCCGAGAAGAUUGCAGCAACACCAGCACAGCAAGGCGCUGCGCCGCCUAACCGGGAGACGUAAGCCUAGUUGAUCCUAACAGCUGGCCUUUCAAUUCUACUUUUCUUCGGGAUGGAAGAGUUUCUUCUAGGAUUGUAAUGAUUAUUCUAUUUAGCGACUGUUGCAUAGCAUAGAUUCCUUUAUUUAGCGGGUUGUAUUGGUGAUAGAUUGGUUGGCUUCACGCGGGUUCAGGAGAAAUUGUAGUAAUUAUAAUUCAGGAAUGUGAUACCGUACGCUUCCAUCCU